UGUUUUCGUGUAUUCGUUUCGCCCAUUUUUAUGCUAACGUUUGGAUUGUGAAUGGGCCUUUUUCUGUCUCUGUUUGUAAAAUAGGGAACCUGAUAAAUUACUCCGUAAACUAGUUUCUAUUACAAUUUUAUUUCAUUGCGAAGAGAGGAGAACGAGUAAUAUACGCUUAAAUUCAUAGUGAAGAUUACGUUUUCCCAGAAGACCAAACAUUGUGGUAAAAUGAUUCGUUUGCUUGUUCUUACAUGACAGGCCGUUAAUUACAUGCUUAUUUCCAAAGAAUGGAGUUUUUGUCCCGGCGUGGCGAGGCGUGCAAGCCGAUCGCGCGCGGGUUGUACCGAGUUACCAGCACAGUGGUUAGGUUGGUGCAAGGCAAGCUAUGUUUUUCAUACACGCCAAAUGUUGCGACCGCUGCAAUGGUGUCGAAAGGGAGGUGAAUGGAGGGAUGGAGGUCCUAAAGUGACUGAACAGCAUAACAGUUAAUGAGUGUGGUUAAAUUCAACGGUCUCUGAAAAUUAGUUUUGUUUCUGUUGUAAGGUCUGUUGAUUGAGCCCGCAGCUGUCCAGAUGGCAGUUAUGGAUGAGAACUACAAGCUAAGCAAGUACAACGCUCAAUCAACAAUGCAUAUUCAAUAAGUUAGAAAGUAAAACAAGUUUUCUCGAGUGUGUGUAUUGAGAAGCAGCAAGCAGCAUGCAGUAAGGAGAUAUUGCAAUCAUUAGAAAAAACAUACUUGAAUGAGGAACGGAUACAAGCAGAACUCACUGCACCACAGUAUGAUAGGAUGUGUGAGCAAGCAUGAACAAGAUUGAGAUAUCAAGUCAAAGCUGUUUUUGUCUUGUCACGCUGGAAGACAUAACUAUGUCAAGGUGUGAGCCAGCAUGGACAAGUUUGAGAUAUCAAGUCAGUGCUGCUAUAACGUGUAACACAGCGCAGUCAAAUAAAAUAGUGAGAGGUAGUAGAAUGAAGGUUUCAAUAUCUUCCCUCCUGCUUCCCAUUAAAGUACUGUUUUCACAGCCUUUGAGAAGCCAGACAGCCCGCCUCGCUUCAUAAAAGAGUGAAUAGAUGCAGAUAGUGUUUGCAUGUGUGUUUUUUCUUACUCUAUGGUGGAUCCCUGUGUGAGUAUUACUCAUAUUUUGUUUGAGAAUUUCAAUGGCUAAGCAAGAGAAUGUGAUGUGUAAAGUUGUUCUGUUUGUUAGGUUAAGUUUUCGAAGAACACAUAAGAGUUUAUAGGUUCCAUCGUCUUGUUUGUUGGGCAUGAGUUACUUAGAAUGUAAAGUUCAAAGAGUAGGGAGUGAUUAGCGUGGAAAGCACAGAAAUUGGUAGCAAGAGUUAGUUAAUAAUAAACUAAAACACGUGCAGCUGUACAUUUAUUUUUUAAUUCCUUAUCACACAAAAUAUAAACUGUAUUUCCACAGCAAGUGUUUGAUCUGCUGAUAUGUGUUGUCCCGUAUGAUUAGA